AUGUCGUUCAAUUACCCUUAUUCUAGGCAUAAUCCCCAGGACUCUUGGCUGAUAGGCUCCGGUGAGUAUGGUAAAAGUGCUGCCAUGGGUCUGCCCGGCUCGGCCAACAGUGGAACCAUGAUGCCAGAAAAUGACCAAUCGCCAGGGUUUCGAAACCCCUGGUAUUCGCCAAGUCAGCUAGGCCAACAACUGUUGGCUGGAUCAAUGAACAAUCUGCCGCAGCACCUGCCCCAACUAUCGCUUCUUCAACAGAAGAAACAGCCGUUCAACAAUCAGCUUCAGACAACCUAUGAAAACGCCGAUCAACAGCUCUCUUCACAGCAGCCGACAAUAUACCCGCCUCUGCGUGCUGAUAACCCAUUCAACCACUACUACACAAACCAGGAGGUGCUGCUCCACCACAUGCCUGAUAGACGGAUGUCAGCUGCCGUUGAUGGUCCGUUGUACAAUCCAUACAACAAUGCAAUGCAUCUUCAUUCCAGUGCAACCACAAACUCUCAGCUCAUUCCUCCCGGAUCAGCACAAAAUGCGCUUCCUUUUACCCUGUCAAUGGCCUACAAUUCAGCUCGGAGAUCUUCAGUGGCGGCUGGCGCCAAUUCUUACCAGCGAACUCCGCUUCAAUCCCGGUACUUCAGCGGAGUAAACGUUCCACCUUCAGCGCCAUUUAUAGGCGUGCCUCCAGCGGGUCCUCCAACAAAAACCACACCAAGGUUGACUAAAAUUCGAUCGAAGAAUGAUCUCAAGCCAAAGAUUCAUCAUCAGCCAAAGUAUAGACGGCGGUCGAUCAACUCGAUGCAUAUCUCACCAGUGAAUGCACUUUCGGUCUACUUGACCGAGUCAUAUUCUAUGUGUCAACCACAGAAGUUUCGGUACUCCAAGACGUCCAACCCGAAGCGUGUUUUAACGAAACCACUGGAGCCCAAGUUCAAUAACGGUUAUGAUAACGUCGACUCAGACUACAUUCUCUACGUCAACGAUAUGCUUGGUGUUGAAGAGGGCAGAAAGUAUGUCGUGCUCGAUCUCCUUGGUUCAGGUACAUUUGGUCAGGUUGUGAAAUGCCAAAAUUUGGCCAAUCAAUCUGUGGUUGCAGUGAAGGUGAUUAAGUCGAGUGCUCCCUUUCUCAACCAAUCCCUCUCAGAAGUCAAGCUUCUUGAAUUUCUCAAUCAGAACAGCUCAAGCUCCAAUUUUAUCAAACUCCUUGAUACUUUCAUGCAUAAAGAGCAUCUUUGUUUGGUUUUUGAGAUAUUGGCAUCAAACUUGUAUGAACUCAUCAAACAAAACCAAUUCAAUGGCCUCAAUAUGAAGCUUGUCAAAUCCUUCACGAGGCAGCUUCUUGAAGCUUGCGCUCAGUUGAAGAAUCUUCAGAUAAUUCAUUGUGAUCUCAAACCAGAGAAUAUCUUGCUAUGCCAGCCGGAUAAACCAGAUAUCAAAGUGAUUGAUUUUGGCAGUGCUUGCUUCACAAGACAAACCAUCUACUCAUAUAUACAGCUGAGAUUUUAUAGAUCUCCAGAGGUGAUCUUGGGACUUCCAUACACCGAGUCAAUUGAUAUGUGGUCUUUGGGAUGCAUAGUCGGUGAGCUAUUUCUUGGAUUACCAAUGUUUCCAGGCUCUUCGGAAUAUAAUCAGAUAUGGAAGAUUGUGGACAUGUUGGGUAACCCGCCAAGACACAUGAUCGAAGUCGGAAGGAACGCCAUGAACUAUUUCGAGAAACUACCGUCCCCAGAUGCCAAUGGCAAGCCCAAGUACAAGCUUAAGUCACACGAAGAUUACCUUGAUUUCUUGAGGAAAACGAAGGGUAAGGACGAGGCUACUAAAGCUGAGCAGCCAAACAAGGUAUACUUCAGUGAUCGUCUACUCAAAGACAUAAUCUUGAACUACAAGAUGCCGUCUCGUAAAAUGACACAAACUAUGGUGGACAGAGAGAUGCAUGACAGACAUUUGCUCGUUGAUUUCUUGACCAAAGUGCUCAACUUUAAUCCGCUCGAGAGGUUAACACCACAGGAAGCUCUUAAGCACCCAUUUGUUAGCGAGACAUCUGUCGCUUCAUAUCCAAAGGUAUCAUCACUGGAGUAUUCAGCUGCACCAACAGUGGUGUAA